AUGUCAUCUCCAACUAGAGGGAAUAUCACUUCCAGAUAUUUGGAUAAUCUAAACGAAAAUAUUCAAACACCGACGAGGCUACCAUUACAACCAACCUUAAAAUACAAUCUGAAUAAUGAUUUAGAGAGGUUAGCCAAAGAAUUGAAUAUCACACCAAGUACAGGGUUCUUAAAAUCAAAAUUUGAAUCCCCUUCAGCAACAGUAAAUUCAUUCAAAACUGCAUCACUGAAUAAAUCAUCAAGUAACAACAGUAAGAAUAAUACUCCAAGCAACAAAGCAAACAACAACGACGAAGAAGAGCCAUCUUGGGCAAAGAAAGGCUACAGAGAUGUGCUUAAAAUGCCAAAAUCAAGUCCAUUUUUAUCAUCACCCAGUAACAGCACUUCCAAAGACUCUCCAGGAUAUGAAUAUCUUUGUAGGAUUCAAGCAAUUAAAGAUUGGUUGGAACUCAUGUUGAAAGAAGACAUUGAUCAAAAGCCAGCAGAAAUGAUAUCCUAUGUAAGAAAUGGGAUAUAUCUAGCCAAAUUAACCAAUGUUAUAUUGUCAGAAAAAAAGUCUGUGUUUAUGAAUGAUUCAAGAUUACAAUUCAAGCAUACCGAAAAUAUCAACCGAUUCUUUCAUUUGGAAGAUUAUUUGAAUGUUCCAGAUUUAUUUAGAUUUGAAUUAACUGACUUAUAUGAUGCCAAAAAUAUCCCUAAAGUAUUCUUUUGCUUACAUGCUUUGAGUUACAUUUUAUAUAAAUCAGAUCCAAACUUUCCAGUCAUUAAAAACUUAGUAAAUAAGAUUGAUUUUGAAGGUGAUGAUAUUAGAACUGCUAAUAGAUCAUUGGUAGGAUCUGGUUUACCCAACUUUGAAGGUGCUGAUGCUAGUGAAAAUGUCAACCAAAACAGCUACAUGAACAAAUUAAUCACCAAAUCUCCUAUAAAGGCCAAAAAUACAACUGUCAUUUCAAACUCAACAAAGUCAGAUCCAUUCAGAGCUGAUUCUACCGAUGCAUCUAAAGGAAAAACCACAUUUCAAUCAAGGUUGGAGAGGAAACAAGAGUCUAAACCAACAAGCUCCUCUUCCACAUACAAACAACAUAGUUUAUACACUCCCGAAAUUGAAAAAUAUACUAAUCAUGUUAUUAAACUUCAAUCAUUAUCCCGUGGGGCUAACUUUCGUUACAGAAUGUUUGUGGAUAAGAUCAUAUUAAAGUCAUACUCUGAUGAAUUUACUCAAUUGAAUUCAAAAAUACGAGGUAACAUGUCUCGUAUGAAAAGUAUUCAUGUUCAUCGUGAUGAAAUUAUGAUUUAUAAAAAUGACAUUAUCGAACUUCAAUCUAUCGCCAGAAAGAAGUUAAGAAAUCAACAGAUACCACAACUCAUUUCGUCUGAUAAGUAUAUUAUUCAACUUCAAAGUAGAAUUCGUUCGAAGAGAAUUCAAACUUCCAUUCUGACAAGAAGAGAAGGAUUGGCUAAAGAACUUGAUACAAUAAUCAACUUUCAAACUUUAGCAAAAAUGAAGUUAAUCCACUAUAAGAGUAAAACAGUGUUAGAACACAAAGAUUAUAUUGAAGAUUCAGUUAUAAGCUUUCAAGCUGCAUGUAGAAGAUAUUUAUACACUAGAUUAUCUUCAGUUGAUGCCACUGACCCAAAUAAAAUUAUUGAAUUCCAAUCAAUUAUACGUAAAAACAAAGUCAUCAAUAAGGUAGAUAAAAUGAGAGCAAGUUUAACUUUACACGCCGCUAAUAUCAAGGAACUCCAAACUAUUGCUAGAGGUGCAAUUUCUAGAACAAGAGUUUGUAAUACUGUUUUAGUAUCGUUGCUAGAAGAUCAAAGCUUUGAUAAGUUAUUUGCAAAGGUUAGAGGUAACACUGUCAGAUCUGAAAUGUUCAGAAAGAAAGCUGAAUUAAAUUUAGUCCUUGAUAAGUCUAUUAUCCCUGCUCAAUCCCGAAUUAGAGGAGUCUUGUGCCGUUUUGAAAAAGAGAUCAAACUUGAUGACUUAUAUUACCAAAUCAAUGAAAUAAUCUCUUUACAGUCUAUUGUCAGGGGUACAUUUAUAAGGCUGGAUUCUAAGUCUAGUUAUAGAUACUAUAAUGAAAACAUUGCUAAGGUUAUUAAAGCUCAAUCUGUUAUUAGACAAGCAUUGACUAGAAAAGCCUACAAGUCAUUGAUUAGUAAGAAGAAUCCACCUUUAUCUGCUAUUAGAAGGUUUGCUUAUUUGUUAUCCGAUAAUGAUGGUGAUUUUGAAGAAGAAAUGAAAAUCUCUGACUUAAGAGAAAGUAUCAUCGAAAAAGCUAAAGGUAAUGAAGAAUUAGAAAAUCAAAUUGAAAACUUAGAUAUCAAGUUAAGUUUGUUAGAUAAGAAUAAGAUCACACUAGAAGAUUUCAUCAAGAACAAAAAGAGAUAUGGAUCCAUUUCAAGACCAUCAAAGAAUACUACUUCUUCCACUUCUAAGAGUAUGGACAAAUUGAAUAAAUCAUCACGAGAAAGAGUUGACUUAUACCAAACUUUAUUCUAUUUCCUUCAAACUAAACCGGCAUAUCUUGUGCGUUUAUAUAAUGCUUAUACUUCAAGUGAGUCAGAUACCGAACAUCGUAAAAAGUUGGAAAAACUCAUAUGUCUGAUUUUCCCAAUAACUAAUUCCUCAGUUUCCCAUCAUUCGAGAGAAGAAUUUUAUUUCGUCAAGUUGAUCUUUAGUUUCAUGGAGAAUGAUAUGGUAAAUCAUUCUAAAACUGUGAGUGAUAUUACAAAAAUACAGACUAGCUUCUGGAUAGACUUCUUUUUACAUUUUAAUAGUCAUACCUAUCAAAGACAGCAUUUGAAACUUAUUGGUGGUAAGUUCGUCUGCAAAAUUAUAGAAAAUGAUCAAUUAGACUUUGAGUCGGACCCAUCCAGAAUUUACGAAGCAAUAAUAGAAAGAGAGAUCAAAAUAUAUGGUACAAGUGAUAACCCUCGUGAUAUUACUCCACAAGCAGCUAUUAAAAAAGAUGUGGUUUCAAAACAAUUUGUUUCAAAUUUGGUGGGCUUGAGAGAAUCAACCGCAGAAUUACUUUCUAUUUUAAGAAAUUCUAGUGAUAGGGUACCUCUUCAUGUUAAGUUAGUAUGUCAUAAAGCAUACAAGCUUUCUCAAUUGAAUUUCCCAGAAAAGACAGAUCAGCAACAUUUGUCAGUGGCUGGUGUCAUCUUCAUGAAACAUUAUGUGGCAUCCAUUCUUCAAUAUCCUGAAAACUUUGGUAUUUUUGUUCCUGAAAAAGAAGGUAAUGCAAGAGCUAAUUUGAAGCAUUUAAGUAGAGUCAUGUUGCAAGUAUUCUCCAUGAAGCCAUUUUCCGACAAUUUCUUAAAGCCUUUGAACGAGUAUCUUCAAACAACUGUUGAAGCUACUAGAUUGCUCAUGAAAAGUUUAAUCCAGGUAAAAGAUAUUGAAAGUGAAUAUGAAUUUACUGAUUAUGAUGAUAUCAUAAAUCCAGAAAGACCAAAACUUUCUGUAACAGUCAGCAAUACUCUACAACUUGAAAACAUCUUACAUCAAAACAUGGAUAUUGUUGCUCCAAGUCCAGACGAUCAAUUAUUUCAAACAUUAAUUAAGUUACAAGAAGUUGUUGGAUCGUCGGGUGAAUUCCUUAAGUUAACAGAAAUGGGUAUAUUAACUUUGUCCUUAAAUCCUGUCACAAUAGAGGAGUCCUUGUCUGAUUCGAAAGCUAGAUCUCUCUUAACACAAGCUAAAAGAGCCGUGUUAUAUAUUGUCAGAGUUCAAGAUGGCGAUAAUUUCUUAGAAGUGUUGAUUUCAGGAAUCUCCAAAGUCGAUGAAGUCAAAUUUAGAGAUAUAGUUAAUCAAGAAAGAAAGGAAAAUGAAGAAUCCAAAGAAAAUGUGAAGAAGAUGCCAUAUUAUAAAACUUCUUUAGGUGACCUCACUAAGUUAAGUUAUCAUAACUUGAAGAGGCAGGCUCUUGAGCUUAUACUUAAGUUAGAAGCCAUGGGUGAAUUAUCAAGAAGAAACUCCUAUCAAGAUCUUUUGAACAUGAUAGCAAUUGACAUCAGAACAAAAGAUUCUCAAAGAAUAUUCCGUAAACAACAAUUGGAAUUGUCAACUAAAACAGUUGCAAAAUUAACCACUAAAGAAACUUUCCUCAAGAAUCAACUAAAUGAAUAUAAUACUCACGUUGAAAGUAUACUUUCCCAGUUACAACUGAAGCCUGUUGAUAAGAAAUUAUUUAAUAUAAUUCCUAUAUUCAGCAAACAAUACUUCUAUCAUAGAGAAUUGAGGAAGAACAACAGGUUGCCAAAGUUUGGAUCUUACAAGUAUUCAGCUAAAAAGUUGUUGGAUCAGAAAAUCAUUCUCGAUUUUGGCGGCUUGAUCCACAGAGAAAAUGCCAGUUCAUCGAAGCUCGACUUUAUGUUUAGUUGUCAUCAAGUUGGUAAGUUCUCAAUUGAAGCUGCAAAUGGUUCUGUCGCUAUACCAGGAGCCAGUGAAACUAUAUCAUUAGAUGAUCUUCUCUUUUUCCAAUAUGAAAACAAAGAGAAAAUACAUUUGUUUAACAACAUGGUAGUUUUAGAUACCCAAAACUUAACUGGAUUCAUAUUCAGGAAAUUCUACGAUAUUAAAAAGGAUUAA